AUGAGGAACAUUCAAGGCGCCCUUUUCGCCAUCGUGCUCAGCUUGACCUUUGGCCAUGUCUCUGCCUUCUGGCGAAUGGUGUGUGGCACGGUUCAGGUAGGCAGAGUCGACCCGAUCGUCAACCCCGGCGGGAUUUCCGGUCACUGUCAUACCAUUGCUGGACCAAACAAUAUCAACACGACGUCGACAUUUGACAGCCUUCAAGCCGCUUACUGCACGUCUUGCAGCGUUCAGAAAGACAAGAGCGCCUAUUGGACACCGAAUCUGUACUUCAGACACCGCAACGGUUCAUUCGAGGAAGUCCCACAUGACGGGACAGUCGUGUACUAUUUGGAUCGUGGCGUGGAUGUAGCCAACAUGGUUCCUUUCCCACCUGGCUUCCGCAUGCUUUCUGGCGAUGCUGCAGCUCGAUCGUUCGACCCCGUCACCCUGACCUAUGGAAACAGGACCUAUGGCGGUACUCCGGUUUCCAACCGUAUCAGCUAUGCUUGUCUGGACAGCAGUGGACCCCAGCCAGAGACUCCAGGCUUCAAAUCCACUCAAUGUUCCUCAGGUCUUCGCGCCCAGGUACACUUCCAAAGCUGCUGGGAUGGCGUCAACCUUUACAAGACUGAUCAAAGCCAUGUGGCGUAUCUCUCUGGCAUGGACAAUGGCAUCUGCCCGCCUACUCACCCAAAGCUACUCCCCCACUUGUUCUUCGAGGUCAUCUAUUCCGUGAACAGCGUCGACCAAUCUAAAGGUGGGAUGUUUGUCUUCUCCCAAGGUGACACGACGGGUUAUGGCUUCCACGCCGAUUUUUUGAACGGCUGGGACGUCGACGUUUUAGACUCCGCCAUCGACCAGUGCAUGGGUCCCAACGCCGUCAAUAACGGCCAGAUUGGUCUGUGUCCACCACUGCAAGCCUCCGUGGACCCGUAUUUCAGCCAGAAUUGUCCUGAACAGGCUCCCUUUGUCAAUGAGACGGUCCACGGCCUCCUAAAGGUGCUUCCGGGUUGCAACCCUCCCACAGGUGGUCCUCUACGUGCCACUCAAAAUAUCUGCCCUGUCCAACCAGCGCUCAACUAUAUCCCCAACCAAGACUGGAGGAACCGAUCCGUCGCCAUUCCGGGUCAAAAGGUGGGAAGCUGGCAGUACAUGGGAUGUGCUCUCGACGCAAGUGCACCUCGGCCGCUCGCCGGUUUGAGCUACAGCAGUCAAACCAACAUGUCCAUCGAGAGCUGCACGGCUUUCUGCAAGCAAAACGGCUAUUUUAUGGCCGGAAUGGAGUACUCUUCUCAGUGCUAUUGCGCUAGCUCGUUGACGCAGCCUCUGCAGAGCCCACUCAACUGUUCACAGCAGAAUUACAUGGUUUGCACUGGCAAUCAGUUCGAGUAUUGCGGCGGACAGAGUCUGAUGCAGAUAUGGAACGACACCACGUACUCGGGACCUGCAAUCAAGCCUGCCCCUGUUCCCGGGUCGACCGUGAUGUCUGUCCCUGGCGGCGGAAAUGCGACGUACCAAGGCUGUUACAUGGAGGGAGUAGGAGGUCGAGCCUUGACGGGAUCGUCUUUCUCGAACAGCACCGGUAUGACCCUGGAGCUUUGUGCCGCGUUCUGCUCAAAGACCAACUCUGCGUUCUUUGGCACCGAGUACAGUCAAGAAUGCUACUGCGGCGGCAGCAUCAGCACCGCCAUAGCCCCACAGACGGCCUGCUCCUCCUUCUGCUCAGGCGACAAGACCGAGUUUUGUGGUGGAAGCUCUCGCCUCUCUGUUUGGGCGUUGGGAAACUAUCAACCGCCUGCUGCAAGCGGAAUCGGCACAGCUACCGGCACCGGCGGAAACACCACACCCUCAUCGACUGCGAGCCCCGUCCCCGCCGCCACGGGCAUCACUUCGAUGGGCUGCUACAGCGAGACGACUCCGACACGGGCCUUGACUGCGCUCUUCACGGCGGGCGCCUCGAUGACGAUCGAUCUCUGCGCCCAGAAAGCCCAACAGCUCAACCUGCAGUACUUUGGCGUGGAAUUCGCGUCGCAGUGUCUGGCGGGCAGCGCGCUGAACCCUGCUUCCACGCCCCUGGUGUCGACCAAAUGCAGCAUGAAGUGCGCCGGCAACAGCACCCAGGUGUGUGGCGGGUCCAACGCCAUCUCGCUGUACCAGAACACGCUGUACGUCAAGCCGACGAACCCGAACCCGGUCAACGUGCCGAACCAGCCCGGUUCCCAGUACGGGUACGUGGGGUGCUACAACGAAGGCAACGGCGCCCGCGCGCUGGGCAGCACCGACCGGACGGGCUCCGCGGCCACCACGUCCGCCACGCUGACGGUCGAGGCCUGCGCGGCCUUUUGCUUCGCAAAGGGCUACGCCUGGAUGGGCGUCGAGAACAGCAACCAGUGCUUCUGCAACGCCGCCGGCGUCAUCAACGGCGCCGCCCUCUCUCCCGGCGGUGACGCCGACUGCACCGUCACCUGCACCGGCAACGCCACAGAGAACUGCGGCGGUAGCGCCAAGUUGAACGUCUACCAGCUGAGCAGCGGGAGUGGGAGUGCGCGGUUCGCCACGACGGGGAAGUCGGGCAAGAGGGACAUCAGGGGCGUGAAGGGUAUGAGGUUCCGGACUUGGUGA